GGAAUCCUGAUGGAAUACAUCAAUUGGUAUGGAAAACAACUCAGCAACAGAUCAAUGACACUGCACUUCAAUGACUACAGAUCUGACCUUUUCAAUGUAUCAAACAGGGUUGACCGAGGAUGCCCUUUAUUGGUAAUAGGAUUCUUAUUUUACAACUCUCCUGUACUACAUGUAGCUAACACUGAAGGACAGAAAACUAUUCUGGGAUUCAUAGAUGACAUCACACUAGCAGCACAAGGCACAAGUUAUGAAGAAGCAAAUGGAAAGCUUAAGAACAUCAUAAAAAAACAAGGGGGUGCUUUAGACUGGAGUAGAGAACACAAUGCUGAUUUUGAACUAGAUAAAACAGCUUUACUU